ACGACCAGCGAAUCCCCGCUGUUGAGUGAUUACCGGUACCCACCUUACCUUAGUAGGCUGGCGGCUAGACUAUCUACGCAACUUCAUACCUUCAAGAUCAACAAUGUUUCUACAGACAGACCUUACUCCGGACACAACAACACUUUACUUAGUUUUGCUUGCUAAAGCUGAUCUCAAUGGAUGAAUAUUCUCACCUGACAUACCGCUCUUUGCAUCUAAAUGAUCACACUCUAGAUGAGAAUAUUCCCGCUUUGACAUCCGAAUCCUCACGUCGUAGCUUUCCAUUACCCAUCUCAAGCCUCGAUGCUCUCGAUCGCCUCCCACCAGAAUUACUCGAGCAAAUCCUUCUCUAUCUUGACAUACGCGCUCUCAUCAACUUUCAAUAUAUUAAUAGGCGCUCCGCUGACCUCGUCAAUCACCUUCCCACAUACAAAGUCAUUGUUACUCAUGCAAGAAACGCGUUACGUGGUAUCCUAUGUAUCCAGACUGGCAAGUGGAUCACUUGCUCAAUGUUACUCGAAAAACUACGCACAUCAAGUUGCGACAAAUGUGGCGACUUUGGCGGCUAUCUUUAUCUUCUGACUUGCAAACGCGUUUGUUUCCUCUGCCUGUCGCAAGAAAAGGAAUACCUGCCGCUGGGGUUAAGCCAUGCAUAUCGGAAGUUUGGCCUAGAGAGAGCUGAGGUUCAAAAGCUACCUUGUCUGAGGGUCAUACCUGGAACAUAUUCGCCAAAUGAGAAGAAAGCUAACGAGACUGUCUUGGUUGACUAUGAAGCCGCACUUAACUGUGCCCUUGCCCAUCAUGGAUCAUUAGAUGCGAUGCAUACAUAUGUCACUAAUCAGCUUGCAAAAAGACAGGAGGAUUAUGAGAAAAGGUUGAUGCAGGUACAGCAAGUGGAAGGCUCGCGCCACAUCCGAAAACCCCCGACAGGAGACCCUCACGAUGGACGUUGGGGAAAUCCGUUUCGAUUUGUGGCCAUUGUUUCUGUUCCGUGGCUAGACAGAUCAUCUCUUGAUACGAUAGAAUGGGGGUUUCAUUGUUUGGGCUGCGCAAGGUCCAGCCGCCCUCCCUUUCAUAAGAGGCGGAAAUUCGUUAGAUCAUCUUUUCAUGAUCAUAUUCGAGAGUGCGACAACAUUGAAAAUGGAAUGCAUUUAAACCUUAAAGCUAUGAGGAAAAAGGGAUACAAAGUAAUUUGUAUAAAUUAUAUAAUGGCCGUAUUCCUCUCUUGAAGCUGUCCAAAGGACGGCCGAAAUGUGCAAUGUUUUUCCUGAUGGGCC